AUGGCUGAAGAUCUAGCACAUCAAUUGCGAGGGCUCGAUCUUGGUAAGCCCGAUUCAAAAUGGGAAGUUAAUUGCAAACGUUUUCAGCACACUCACCCGUCAAAAAUACUAUCGCAGACGCUGCCAUUUUUCAGACAGGUCGAAGAGGUGGGUGUUUUGACACAUUUUAUCGACAGUGGGGAAUUUAAGCUUGGUAGCCACGAAGGUCUUGCGACUCUGAAAGACGAUGUUUCCAAUUUUGUGAAAAGCGGCGACAGAGCUAGUAUUUCAAACUAUUUGGGUCACAACAUGCUAGAAAACUAUGAAUCAUUCACACCAGUAACUGUGGAUCAGCUCGAAGAUAUGGGCGGUUUGCAAAAAUUCAUUAAACAAUGGACUCGUAAAAAGGACAAAUCCAAGCUCACCAUUGUAUGCUCCAGGCAUAAUAUGAUAGACCUCAUCAUGGUGCCCUUUUCAGACCAGGACGUUCAUCUCAAUGCUAUCCACCAAAAUGGAUAUCUUUACCUUUUUCCCGAUAGGAAAGCGGGUGCCGAGGCGCAGGGUAUUCAUUCCAAAGACUCGAGAAUACGAAAGAUAUGCUAUAGCGGGUUUGAGCUCGAGAGUCUGGUAACGGACGUAAAAACGCGGGGGCUACGUUCUGGGUUUUACUCUAUCGUUUGUGGGCAAAUAGAUCCGCACCUCGAAAUUCUGUUCAAAGCUGAGAUGGAUGCCCUAGAUUCUGAGACCAAUACUUACACAGAGAUCAAGUGUUCUACGGGUUUGAAAACCAGAACUUCUCACCAUCGGAGAAAGCUGCUGCGCAUGUGGGUGCAGACAAGUCUUAUACCGAGCACUUCACUUCUAGUAGGCAUCAAAGAUCCUUAUUAUAACCAGCUGACGUCGUUUGAGCGCUACACGCGGACCCAGUUGUAUCGCAAGUUCAAUAAUACAAAUCUGAAAUUUUUGGCGCUUAACUACAACUAUAACGCCAAUGUUUCUGUCCAAUGGUUUCAGCACAUAAUGAAAGCUAUCCAGACGCUUGUUGAGCCACAUGUGCCGUCCGAAACGGAAGGUAUUCAGCUCCCCACGUCGUUCAAAAUAACGCUAACCAAGGAUUUGGUCUUGAUGCUACAAAAACUCGAUAAGAUGCCACCAAACACGGUUUUCUGA